ACCGCCGCCCGCUUUUCCCUCUCAGUGCUAACCGGAAGGAAACAAAGCGGUUAUUGCCGCGGUUUUUGCUGCAGGAGCUGUUGGUUGUGUCCGAACCUUUCCCGGAGUUCCGGGGGACUGGUACCUGGUCUGCGGGUCGGCGGUGGAGCGGCAGCGGCAGCGGCGGCGGUCAGGUCGGAUAAAGGCCGGAGAGUCCCCCCCAGAUGAAGUGAGGCAGACCGUGAAGAUGGACUGCAGCACCGCUAGCAGCCUGGUGACCCGCCGAGCUUCAGGGAAAGAAAGCUCCUCCUCCGGUGAAGAGGAGAUUGUCCCUCUGUCGAAGCUCGUCGCGACGUCACACAGUGACAAGUCAUGUGACAACGCCAAAGGCUCCAACGCAGAUUCAAAGAAGAGUGAAGCUUCAGACGACUCCUCGGACGACGACGAGCCGCUGAUAGAGCAGAAAAAACCUGCAGCAAAAGAUAAAAAGGAGUCGACUCCUCCCAGAUCUGACGGUUCAGAGGACAGAAACUCAGAUUCCAACGCUGGAGGAGACUCUGACUACAAGCCUCAGGUGAAAACCUCCAAACCUUCCUCCAGAUCACAGAAGAAGAAGAAACCUGUUGGCAGGAAGAAGAAAGCUUCAGACGACUCCUCGGACGACGAUGAGCCGCUGAUGAAGCAGAAAAAACCUGCAGCAAAAGAGAAAAAGGAGUCGACUCCUCCCAGAUCUGACGGCUCAGAGGACAGAAACUCAGAUUCCAACGCAGGAGGAGACUCUGACUACAAGCCUCAGGUGAAAACCUCCAAACCUUCCUCCAGAUCACAGAAGAAGAAGAAACCUGUUGGCAGGAAGAAGAAAGCUUCAGACGACUCCUCGGACGAUGACGAGCCGCUGAUAAAGCAGAAAAAACCUGCAGUAAAAGAGAAAAAGGAGUCGACUCCUCCCAGAUCUGACGGCUCAGAGGACAGAAACUCAGAUUCCAACGCAGGAGGAGACUCUGACUACAAGCCUCAGGUGAAAACCUCCAAACCUUCCUCCAGAUCACAGAAGAAGAAGAAACCUGUUGGCAGGAAGAAGAAAGCUUCAGACGACUCCUCGGACGACGACGAGCCGCUGAUAAAGCAGAAAAAACCUGCAGCAAAAGAAAAAAAGGAGUCAAGUCCUCCCAGAUCUGACGGUUCAGAGGACAGAAACUCAGAUUCCAACGCAGGAGGAGACUCUGACUACAAGCCUCAGGGGAAAACCGCCAAACCUUCCUCCAGAUCACAGAAGAAGAAGAAACCUGUUGGCAGGAAGAAGAAAGCUUCAGACGACUCCUCGGACGACGACGAGCCACUGAUAAAGCAAAAAAAACCUGCAGCAAAAAAGAAAAAGGAGUCGACUCCUCCCGCAUCUGACGGUUCAGAGGACAGAAACUCAGAUUCCAACGCAGGAGGAGACUCUGACUACAAGCCUCAGGUGAAAACCUCCAAACCUUCCUCCAGAUCACAGAAGAAGAAGAAACCUGUUGGCAGGAAGAAGAAAGCUUCAGACGACUCCUCGGACGACGACGAGCCGCUGAUAAAGCAGAAAAAACCUGCAGCAAAAAAGAAAAAGGAGUCAACUCCUCCCAGAUCUGACGGUUCAGAGGACAGAAACUCAGAUUCCAACGCUGGAGGAGACUCUGACUACAAGCCUCAGGUGAAAACCUCCAAACCUUCCUCCAGAUUACAGAAGAAGAAGAAAAGCCCAGAGAAGAAGAAACCUGUUGGCAGGAAGAAGAAAGCUUCAGACGACUCCUCGGACGACGACGAGCCGCUGAUAAAGCAGAAAAAACCUGCAGCAAAAAAGAAAAAGGAGUCGACUCCUCCUACAUCUGACGGCUCAGAAGAUCGAAACUCAGAUUCCAACGCAGGAGGAGACUCUGACUACAAGCCUCAGGUGAAAACCUCCAAACCUUCCUCCAAAUCACAAAAGAAGAAGAAAAGCCCACAGAAGAAGAAACCUGUUGGCAGGAAGAAGAAAGUGCCAUCGGAGAGGGAUGAAAGCUCUGACGAUCAGCCCUUAAGUGAAAUAGCUGAAAAACUUCCCUCCAAAAGGAAGAGAAAAGCUGUGGUUCUGUACAACAAAGGGGCUCCGGCCCACAAAUCCCAGAGGAACGCAGCCAGGAAGAGCGUUAAUUAUGCCGAGACUUCAAGCGAGCACAGCUCUGACGAUGACGAGCUGGUUGUGCAGAAGAAGAAGACCAACGGUUCUCCGAAACGGCGAAGAGAUUCGUCAAAGAGGACGAAAGACAGCAGCUCGGAGGAAGAUGAAGAUUCUCUGAUGAGCCUCGGCUCGAAGAAGAGGGAACCGGAAAACAACUCCACGAAGAAGGGCAAGAGACCGCGAGGCAGACCACCGAAGAAGUCCAAAGGGAUCAGCAGCGACGACAGCUCCGAUGACGACGAUGCGGUUAAUCAGACAAAAAGCAAAACAAAAGCAUCGCCUCGGAAAAGGAAGAACCCAGAGCAUAAAACAUGGAAAGAUGUACCGAGCAGCAUUUUAGACGAGGAGGCCGCCAUUAAAGCAGCCAAACACGCAGAUGUGACCAGAAUGACGAAGAUCCUUCUGCAGAGGUGCGACGGUGAAGACGAAGAGUCGACCGGACCCAAAGCAAAACCCACAACUGAGGAAGAAGAAGAAAAAGAACUGACUGGAGACAAACCCACAGCAGAAACCCCAGAGAAAUCCUGUGAGGAGGAAUAAUAGAUGCGGUUUAAAGUUCUCAACCUUCCCUUAAAGCGACCGUUAGUCUAGGUUUGGGAACCACAUUUUCCAGGUUCCUGAAAUCUUUUGUUGUAGAUGUUGGUUUUUUUCUAUUCGUUCCUGUUUGCCCGAAGUUCUUCUUCUGGUUUUUGGAAAAUGUUUUUAAUGGUGUUGUGACUUGUUGUCCACUCUGCAUGAAGUUGCGUACAACUUAUUUUUAGCUUUUUAUUUUAUAUUGGUAGGAAAAUAAAUGAAAUCCACUCAGUGUGCCAAGGCAAUGAUCAAAAGAUUCCCAAAAUAUUGAAUAUAAAAGUGACUCUCACCCAACUUUGGAUACUUUAAAUAAAUUUGGUGAGCUUCAGCUGUAAUUUUGGCUUUUAGGUUAAAAAAGGUGAAUAAAAGUUAUGCUUUUUAAAAAUGUUUUCCCUUUUUUUGGAGGAGAAAUCGGGGGUGGUUAGUUGGAAAUGUUUUCUGUUUGUUUCGUUUUCUUCACUGUGCAUCAAAUCUGCUGAGUCGAGCUCAUUUUUGUCCCGAUUAAAGAAAAUCCCCGUUUAAUGUGUUAAAAGGAUCCAGUCGUGUUUUCCUUAAUGUCAACAUGUGCCGAAGGUUGUUUUUUGGUCCAUUAAUAAUAAAAUUUCCUACAUUCUUUGAAACACA